GCCAGAGACUCAUGGGCUUUGGUUACGGGCUGAUAAUCGUCUGAUUUGAAAUUCAGAUCCCGAUGUGAUAGGUAGCUAGCUCCAAACAUAAAGGUGCCUUCUUCUGCUUUCCCUCUUUUCAUAUUUCUUAUCAGAUCAUUUCAAUCUAAUACAUUCCCUCUCUAUCAACUUUCUGCCCGUUUUCUUACAAACUCACAUACCUGUUCACACUCACAAUGGUUCUCCAGGCUGGUGACAAGUUCCCCGAGGGUGUCAAGUUUGGUUGGGCACCCAUCCUCGACGAGGAUCCGACUGUUUGCGGUAUUCCUCAGAUGUACGAUGCCAACAAGGAGUGGGCUGGCAAGAAGGUUGUAAUCGUCAGCGUUCCCGGUGCUUUCACUCCCAGCUGCUCCGCCUACCACCUUCCUCCCUACGUUCAGAAGUUCGAGGAGCUCAAGUCAAAGGGUGUCGACAAGGUUGUCUUCAUCUCCAACAACGACGAGUAUGUUCUUGCUGGUUGGGGCAAGGUCAACAAGGUCCCCAAGGGCGAGGACUUCCUCAUGCUCUCUGACACCAAGACCUUCUUCUCCGAGCAAUACGGCUGGCAGGCUGGCCCCAACAGAGGCGACCGUACUGGUCGUUGGGCCAUGAUUGUCGAGAAGGAUGGCAAAAUUAGCUACGCUGGAAACGAGGGUCACCUCCAGGAGGUCAAGGCUUCCGCUGUCGAGACCAUCCUCACCAAGGUUUAACUACCUUUGAUUUGGAGGUAGAACACAACAUCGUAGAUCAUGGCGUCGGGAGAUACCAUGCCGGUCAUAGAGAAACAUACACCUAGACUAUAGAAAUGCUGCAACGAAUAAUAUACAUUAACGUCCUAACAGUCGAUAGCAUCUUGCAUGACGUCCUUUCGUGGGAACGCGGUUGAGACUUCGUUCUCUGAACGUAAGAGAAGAACCACAAGCCAGCAGGCGAAUCUCGAAUUAAAGGAUUUUCAGCUCGAUAGAUGCGACCUGCACGCUUAUGGUCUCGGGUGCCUCUUCACACAGUGUACAUCACAAGGAUAAUUCUGUUGCAUCACAAACGACCCGCUUCCUUCAGGUGAAAUAUGGAGCAGGAGAUACAGGACGGACUUCGUUCUCACGCAACCCAUC